UAAUCAACUCCUUAAAUCUUCAAACGUUUCUUCAGUUCAAGAAUUGUUUCUGAUAAUCUUAUUACCAUCCGAAAGAUUCAUCGAUCUUUCGGUUUGAUCAUGGCUGUCGCAGAAAAUGUUGGUGUGAAGGUGGAUUCUUCUGAUGAUCAAAAUUUAGACAACAAUACUACUUCAUUAACAGAGACAAAACCGUCAUGUCCUGAUGAUCAGAUACCUAAAUCCAAUUCCUCUGUUCUCACAAACGAAUUGAUCCAAAGAACCAGUGAAGUGGAUCUCAAGAGUGAGAUAAGUCGUUUGAAUCCGAUGGCUAAGGAAUUUGUCCCUUCUUUUUUUGCUCAAACCCACUCUGAGUUUUUGAGAAAUAGAUUAUGGUUCACUAACAAUUUUCCAGUGCAAGCUAUUUCUACAAUGGUUACUGAGGAGCAACUUGCAAGUCUCUUUCUUUCUUGUGGCCAGGUUGUUGAUUGUCGUAUAUGCGGUGACCAUAAGUCUAUUCUUCGUUUCGCCUUCAUUGAGUUCACCGAUGCAGAGGGAGCUAGGUCUGCUUUACGAAAAUCGGGUACUGUGUUUGGUUCUCAUCCUAUUAGAGUUCUUAUUUCCAAAACAGCUAUUGCGCCUGUUAACCCGUCUUUCCUUCCACGGUCUGAGGACGAGCUAGAGAAGUGUGGAAAGACUGUUUAUUGUACCAACAUUGACAAGCAGGUCACUAAGAUGGAGUUGGAAAAUUUCUUUAAAACUGUUUGUGGGGAGGUUCACCAUCUGAGGUUGCUUGGAGACUUUUACCACCAAACCCGCAUCGCUUUUGUCGAAUUUAAGCUGGCAGAAAGUGCAAUUUCUGCUCUUAAUUACAGUGGUGUUGUCUUGGGAGAGCUCCCAAUAAGGAUAAGCCCGUCAAAGACGCCAGUGAGGCCACACCGCUCUGAUUUAAACUAAAGCUAAUCGCAAUCCGAUGAAAGAGAUCUAUCUAUUCAAAUAAAUACAGAGAGAUCAAAAGUCAUUUCGAGAUACUUGAGGCGUUUUCUUUUCAUAGAAACAUCAUUUUGUUUCUUCGCUUCGCAGGCUGCCCGGCCGGUAUCUUUGAACCCUCAGUAACUUAGGCUAGCUAAAACUUUGUUCUUUGGAACCAAAUUGAUUUUUUUCAUAUAAUAAUUUGGAAACAUCAUU